UCGACUUCAGCCUCUAAAACUAUAUCUACGAACACAGAAGAACAAAUCAGCGGUAACCUCGAUCCGAACCCGGACGCAAACCCUGAAAUCCUCGACGCACGCUCCGCCCUCCGAGCCAGUCCCGACGCUGACGAAAAAGGGCCGGAGGUCAAGGUCGUCGAUCAGGCUUAUCCUACCAAUUCUACUUCGGGGGAAAAGGACACGAUUGACGUUCAGGUCAAGCGGGAGACCACCCCGCUGGCUACCGUCCAGCACACCAACACCACCGACAACGAGACCGAGACGACCCCAGCGAAAAAGGGUGGUAGGAAACCGACGAAAGCGUCCGUAGCUGCCAAAAAGGGCGCGGACGAGAUCAAGGCUUUCGUCGCCGCCCAGGCUAAAGUCAAGAAAGAGCCCACAACUACCACCGAUGAAGAUGCCUCGGGGGCGAACGCUGGGGAUGGGGAUAAUGGGGGGGAUGGGCCGGAUGGGGUGACGGACGAUAUGGAUGCCAGGGAGAGGGAAGCUAAACGCCCUCCCCCGGUGAAUUCCGAUUACUUGCCUCUUCCCUGGAAAGGGAGGUUGGGAUAUGCGUGUCUGAAUACGUAUUUGAGGUUUAGCAACCCCCCGGUCUUUGCAAGUCGCACGUGUAGGAUCCAGAGUAUUCUCGAUCACAGGUACCCGUUGACGAACCCUGACGAACCGGAACAUGCGACCAAGAACCGGCCGGACAAGACCAAGACCCCCUCGGUGGAAAGGGGGAUGGAAUACGUCCAAUCUAUCGGCUUGGCCAACGCCAGAGACUGUGUAAAGAUGAUCAGGUGGAACGACAAGUAUGGGAUCAGGUUCAUGAGGUUGUCCAGCGAGAUGUUCCCGUUCGCGUCUCAUGAAGAGUAUGGGUAUACGUUGGAGGGGUUUGCGAAGGAGGUCUUGGGGGAGGUUGGCAAGGUCGCAGCGGAGGUUGGGUGUCGGUUGACUACCCAUCCGGGUCAGUUUACGCAACUCGGAUCGCCGCGACAACAGGUCAUCGAUAAUGCCAUCCGGGAUUUGGAGUACCACGCCGAAUUGCUGUCCCUGUUGAACAUGCCGGAACAGCUCGAUAGGGACGCAGUAAUGAUCCUGCACCUCGGCGGGGUCUUUGGGGAUAAGGAAGCCACGCUCCAGAGGUUCAAGGAGAAUUACCUCAAACUGUCCGACGAGGUCAAGAAGCGGCUGGUACUCGAGAACGACGACGUCUCGUGGAGCGUUCACGACCUCUUGCCGGUCUGCGAAGAGUUGAACAUCCCCAUGGUCCUGGAUUUCCAUCAUCACAACAUCAUCUUCGACUCGACCCAGUUGAGGGAGGGGACCAAGGAUAUCAUGGACCUCUACCCGAGGAUCCGGGCGACCUGGACGAAAAAGGGUAUCACGCAAAAGAUGCACUAUUCCGAGCCUUGCCCGGAGGCGAUCACGGGGAGGGAGAGGAGGAAACAUAACCCUCGACCGUUCACCUUGCCUCCCUGUGCGGACGAUAUGGACCUGAUGAUCGAAGCCAAGGACAAGGAACAGGCCGUCUUCGAGUUGAUGAGGACGUUCAGGCUCCCCGGGUGGGACACGUUCAACAAUAUCGUGCCUUAUCAGAGGGACGACGAUAACAAGCCCGAACCGAGAAAGCCGGCGAAAAAGGCUAAGAAGAAGACCAAGAAGCAGUUGCAGGCCGAGGCGGAGGACCCGUCGUUGAUAGAGGAGGAGCCCGAGGCGGACGUGCCGAAAAAAGAGGUCAUCCCAGAGGAAGAGGUCGGGAUGGGUGGCAAGUUCAACCGGGUCUACUGGCCGCCGGGUAUGGAAGAGUGGUUGAGGCCGAAGAAGCGCGAGGUCAAGAAAAAGACGGGUGGGGCGGAUGAUGUGGAUCCGGUUACGGGCCAGACGGACGCACAGGCGUUGGCAAAUCCCACGCCAAUGAACUUGAAACAGCGUCAGGCGGCAAAGGCGAAAAAGGCCGCUGCUGCUGCUACGGGUGCGGGGACGACGACGGAUGAAGGAACGGAUGUGGGUACGGAUGCUGGGACGGACGCGACUGAGGCUAGCACGACGGCCAAACCCAAAAAGGCACCUGCAAAGAGGAAACCUGCGGCCAAGGCUAAGGUCCAAGUCGAGGAGGAUGAGGAGGACGAGCUGACCCCGGUCGAAGAGGACGAGGAUGAUGCGAGUUCCCUGGACUUGGGAUCGGAUAGCGACGAGCCGGCGCCCAAGAAGGCCAAGACGAAUGGGGCCAAGGCGGCACCGGUCAGACGGACGGGCAGAAAGGCGGCAGUGAAGAAGACUGGGAAGGGUUACAAGGAGGCGAGCAGUGGGAGCGAGAUGGACGUCGAUUAGAGACGGCUCGCAGGGGUCAUCACGAAGAGUUUCUCAAUAGAAUGUCAACUGUAUCUUACGAAAAUGAAACGAGACAUGGCAGAAUCAACGUAUAAUGAUCCGCGCUCAGUUUCAUCGUACUUUGAUAGGUUUAGGCAUCCAGACAAUAUUGAUCCAACCAGCUGUAGCCUGCAUUGCUCCGGUGAGGUCAAGAUGAUGAUGUU